AUGGGACUUGAACUUGACUCCGAGCGCUUUCCUGCUAAUGUUGUCGACACCCGAAUCCUAGCAGACCAUGUUACCUUACCGUUCUCUAAGCUCACACUGCCCUCACGGUUUGUGAAAGCUGCUAUGACAGAAGAACUCUCAUCCUGGGACCAGGCUCGUCUCGAGAAGCGAGGUAUCCCAACCGACGAACUCAUCCGUGUUUACGAGGAAUGGGGGAAGGGAGGGUACGGAAUGAUAAUCACUGGAAACGCAAUGAUCACACCGGUUGAUUUACAGAAUCCAGGGAACGCAAUUGUUUAUAAGCCAUUCGAGAGUCCUGAACGUCUUUCCGCGUUCAGACGUUGGGCGGAAGCGGGGAAGCGUCAUGGCGCUCUGAUGAUCAUGCAAAUUAAUCAUUGCGGAAGGCAGACCUCAGACUCCUUGAAUCCAAAUCCGGUUUCAGCAAGUGAUGUUCAGCUGGAGCGACGUGUCGGAACGGGCUUCGGGAAACCGAGACCUUUGACAAAGGGUGACAUUGAUGAGAUAGUGGAGCAGUUCGCGUACAGCGCCGACUUUGCUUACAGAGCUGGCUUUGAUGGGAUCCAGUUGCACUGCGCACAUGGUUAUCUAUUAGCGCAAUUCCUCUCCAGCACAACAAAUCUGCGUACGGACGAAUAUGGUGGACCUCUAGAGAAUCGAGCUCGUAUCAUUUAUCGUAUCAUAGAAGAAAUGAAACGUCGCGUUCCUCCUACCUUUUCUAUCGCCAUCAAGAUUAAUUCAGUCGAAUUUCAGCAUGGUGGAUUUCAGCCUGAGGAAUGCAGGACCGUUUGUGCACACCUGGAGUCAUUUGGUGUAGACUUCAUCGAGCUGUCAGGCGGAACUUACGAAGAGUUUGGGUUUCACCAUAAGCGCGAGUCGACUCGUAAGCGCGAAGCGUUUUUCGUGGAAUUUGCUGAUAUUAUCCGCCCCGCAGUCAAGACGAGCAAGGUCAUCCUAACGGGCGGCUUUCGCACGGGCGAAGGAAUGGUCCGUACUGUCACUUCAGGAUCCACGGAUCUCAUUGGUGUCGCACGACCUGCGUGCGAGGAACCGGACUUCCCGAAUCUACUUCUAUCGGGAAGUAUACAAAGCGCGCGACGGACUCUUCUGCCAGAGGCCGAAGAUUUUCUUUCAAUAAUCGUCUCGGGCACUCAGAUCAGGCAAAUUGCAUUCGGGGAGAAACCCUUCAACUCUGCGUCCUCGGAAAAUAUGGAGAAAUUCAAGCAGGUGCUGGAAGUCCACAUGCAGAAAUUGAAGGAAGCUGGCGAACAAGGAGUUAUUCUUGCAGGAGGAUAUCCAGAGAUGCACGUGUAG